CAUUGAUUUUUGUCGAGGACUUCAACAAGAAGCAGCUAGGUUGUUUGCCGGGGUCACCUUUUCCAUUGAAGAGAGCUGUCUUUCUUUUCGUGGAGUUUUGUGUACUUCUGACAGUCGGUAACCGUUAGGCUGCCUUGUCGCCUGCAGAUUGUGUAGACAUGCCACUCCUAUCGACAGACAUAUUGUUGUGACAGGGCGCUCCCAGCGCGAUAAAGAUAACUUCGCCUAAAUGUGGCUGUCACGAACAGAUAAUGAAGAAUAACCGCCAGGAACCCACAAUGUAACAGCCAUUAUCCUUUGUCUGUAGUGUUGGCUGGACACGAAGCAGGACGUUGACCUUACUAAAUGUGUUCUCAUGUUGAAUUUCGCUGGCCUCCUCGUAUUUGAAAUGUAGCAUGCUCGUUCGCACUUUCUCACUAUGUUUUUGUAAUUUGGUAGUUAACUCGUUAGACAACGCACUUUAGUUUUCGUUUUUCUUGCUUUUAUGUGUCUGAGUCGCUCGCUAGCUGUCUUGCAUAAUGGGACUGUUGCUGUUGCAAUUGUCAAAAUGUCCAGGCGUAAAUAUUUUGAAGCGCAAGGUUCACUCCCGUGUACAUAUACUAUUUUGGUUAGAAUGCCAGACGUCCAGGGGACAACGAAAGGGGCGAGAGGUGAGUGUGAGAAGGUUCGAACCUGUGGCACACUCUUCGCUUUUACACCUGAGGAGAUGCAACUCUCUCGUCCCCUGUGUUCCACUUAGACAGGGAACCAUACCUCGCCAUUUGUUGAGGAGCUCAUCAUGGACAACCACGGUAAACUUUGCCAACUACAGCUCCUCAACAGACUCAAAACAAGCAACACAACAAGAAGUUGCCAGCAAAGAUCUGCAAUCAACGGAAACAAAACAAAACCCAACUCGGUUACCCACUGAGGAUGUCAAAAGGAUAUUACAACUUGCCCACCCUGAGCGCUUGCGACUGUCCGCGGCUGUGGGCUUCCUGAUGGUCUCCAGUGCUGUCACCAUGUCGGCGCCCUUCUUCCUGGGCCAGGUCAUUGACACCAUCUACACCAGCUCCUCAGAGGACUUCAGUGCCUCUCUCCGCUCUCUGUGUAUCAUGCUCUCAGGGGUAUUCCUUUGUGGGGGCGCCGCCAAUGCUGCCCGUGUCUACCUCAUGCAAAUCUCAGGGCAACAGAUUGUGAGAAAUCUACGUGUAUCCCUAUUCUCCUCCAUUCUGAGGCAGGAGGUGGGUUUCUUUGAUAAGACCCGUACCGGGGAGCUCAUUAACCGCCUAUCUGCGGACACAGCGAUCAUCGGCCGCUCCGUCACAGACAACCUUUCAGAUGGGCUCCGCGCUGUUGCCCAGGCAACAGCUGGGGUCAGCAUGAUGUUUUACGUGUCACCCAGUUUAGCAGCCUUUGUGCUGAUGAUCGUGCCUCCUAUGGCUGGCCUGGCUGUCAUAUAUGGGAGAUACCUGCGCUCCAUAUCCAAACGCACACAGGACUCUCUGGCCGAGGCCACACAGUUGGCAGAAGAGCGUAUCAGCAACAUGAGGACAGUUCGGGCAUUUGGUAAGGAGCUGACAGAGGUGGCCAAGUAUAUGGAGAAGGCCAACUAUGUUCUCCACCUGGCCAAACAGGAAGCCGUUUUGCGGGCCGGGUUCUUUGGCGCGACUGGACUCAGUGGCAACAUCAUCAUCCUGUCAGUGCUGUAUAAGGGAGGGCUAUUGAUGGCCAGUGAACACAUGACUGUGGGAGAGCUCUCUUCCUUCCUCAUGUACGCCUUCUGGGUGGGCAUUAGCAUUGCAGGUAUGAGCUCGUUCUACUCUGAACUGAUGAAGGGCUUUGGAGCAGGGGCACGGCUUUGGGAGCUACUGGACAGGAAGCCCGAGUUCCCCCUCAAUGAGGGUAUUGUGCUGAGGCCGGAGCAGCUGAAGGGUCAACUGGAGUUUCAGAAUGUCUCCUUUGCCUACCCAACCCGCAAAGACGCCCCCAUCUUCCAGGACCUGAGUCUGUCCGUGCCUGCUGGCUCCGUCAUGGCCGUGGUAGGCCCCAGCGGAUCGGGCAAAUCCACCCUGGUCUCCCUGCUGCUCAGGCUCUACGACCCAGAUGCAGGUGUGAUCACUAUCGACGGGCAUGAUGUGAGAGAUUUGAAUCCUUAUUGGCUGAGGAGUCACAUUGGAACUGUUAGUCAGGAGCCUGUGCUCUUCUCCUGUUCCAUUGCUGAGAACAUUGCCUAUGGAGCGCCAGACUCUGGCACGGUCACAGUUCAGGAAAUCCACCGGGCUGCACAGAUCGCCAACGCUUAUGAGUUUGUCCGAGGUUUCCCAAAAGGCUUUGACACUGUGGUGGGAGAGAAGGGUGUUCUACUGUCAGGUGGUCAGAAACAGAGAAUUGCUAUUGCAAGGGCUCUGCUUAAGAACCCCAAGAUACUUCUACUUGAUGAGGCUACAAGUGCCCUGGAUGCAGAGAAUGAGUUCCUGGUCCAGGAGGCUCUAGAGCGGCUCAUGGAUGGGCGCACAGUGCUGAUUAUCGCCCACCGCCUCUCCACCAUCCAGAACGCUGACGCCGUGGCGGUGCUGGACCAGCGGCGCGUGGUGGAGUGUGGUCAGCACGCACAGCUCCUGGGCAACCGCCAAGGCCUCUUCAGGAAGCUGAUGGAGAAACAAGCCUUCCUUCAAGAGGGGCAAAAGCAAGCAUUGCGUUGAUAAGAGCGGUGGGGUGGGGGGGGCCUUAAAUGUAAGGGAACUGCCUUUAGCUGUGUGGUGACGUGCUAAUCACGCUGCGCUCUGCUACACUCCUCAGUCUGUCAGUGGUGUGUGUGAAUCAGAUUAAGCUAUUUGGAAGGGAGCAUUUGAAUAUCAACUGGAACAUGACUGAUUUGACGUGUUUAAUUUUAAUAUUGCAGAGACAUCUCGUAGCGCUGAUGGGGAUUCAUUUUGAGAUGGCCAGUAGGGUUGGAUUUUCUUCUUUAGGACACCCAACGAGGAUCCUUCUUAAAGCUGCAAUAUGUAACUUUUUGGGCAACCUGACCAAAUUCACAGAAAUGUGUUAUAGGUCUGUCACUCAUUGAAAGCAAGUCUAAGAAGCGGUAAAUCUGUUCUAUGUGUACUAUUUCUAUGCUUCCCGUUAAGUUUU